UGAGAAGCAAUUAGUUUGUGGGCUUUGAAUAAACCUUCUCAGACUAGGAGAGUCUGGGAGUCAGUCACCGUCAGCUCUGCUUCACUCUCUCAGUCACUCUUCUCCUCCUACCCCCUCUCGACUGUUCUCCCCCCCUCCCCUCUCUCGUUCUUGCUUCAUAUUUGUUUUCUCUGGUGCUUUCUUUUAUUCUCGCCUGUUGCUUCUCCUCCUCCUCCUCCUCCUCCUCCUCCUCUGCUGCUGCUGCUGCUGCUAGUGCCACAAAGUUAGUCUAGAGAGAAAGUGCUGGGUGAUGGACUGCUGAACAGCUUGUACAUCGCUACAAAGUGAGCUGUGAGCUGAGUGAUUGACAGGACCGACGACAUGGGGAAGCAGAACAGCAAGCUCCGCCCUGAGGUGAUGCAGGACCUGCUGGAGAGCACCGACUUCACCGAGCACGAGAUCCAGGAGUGGUACAAGGGCUUCCUCAGGGACUGCCCCAGCGGGAACCUCUCCAUGGAGGAGUUCAAGAAGAUCUACGGUAACUUCUUCCCCUACGGAGACGCUUCAAAGUUCGCCGAACACGUCUUCCGCACGUUCGACGCUAACGGGGAUGGGACAAUAGACUUUCGGGAGUUUAUCAUCGCGCUGAGCGUGACGUCGCGCGGCAAGCUGGAGCAGAAGCUGAAAUGGGCCUUCAGUAUGUACGACCUGGACGGGAACGGGUACAUCAGUAAAGCUGAGAUGCUGGAGAUUGUGCAGGCGAUAUAUAAGAUGGUGUCGUCCGUGAUGAAGAUGCCCGAAGAUGAGUCGACACCUGAGAAGAGGACAGAGAAGAUCUUCAGGCAGAUGGACACCAACAGAGACGGCAAACUGUCUCUGGAAGAGUUCAUCAAAGGAGCAAAGAGCGACCCCUCCAUCGUGCGCCUGUUGCAGUGCGACCCCAGCAGUGCUGGACAGUUCUAAAUCUGAGGCAUCGACACAACCUUGCUUCUUUGGGGUGCUAAAUGCCCACAACUCUCCACUGUGGAGAGUCUGAUGAUGAAGAUUGACAGGAUGAAGAGGAUGAAGAAGACAGGCCUUUCAAUGUGCACUGAGGACUUUCACACAGGAGAUGGCCACAGGAGCUACACUCUCCAAUUUCCCAGCCCUCCCACACCCCUCUGUAAAGCCGUUUAUCUGAAACCCUCCGAACUCCAACUAAGACUGAUGUCCCAUCAGGUUAUUAAACCCCACUGAUUGUAAUUGCAUUCCUCAGUUCUCCUAUAGGCAUGUCCAAGUUUAAAGAAGGUUUACAGUAGGUUGUACAUACACAGUAUAAACUGGAGUCUCUGUAUCAGUGUCUUUGCUUGGCUCUCUGUAACCCCCCAGGCUGCGGCCAGGGCCGCACAGAGCCUCCAUCACUCUAACAUGUAUAAUAGACAGAGUGUGCACAAGACCACGAGAGAGAUGAUGGUGUUUAGUACUGUAGGCAAGAUCAUUUUUAUCUGCAGAGAAGACCUGUGAAGUUUGUCCUUCACUCGGAACGAGUACCGCUUUCCUCUUUUCUACUGUGAGAAUGUGUACGUGUGUUUGUGUAAUUUUUUUUCUUUUAUUUGCAGACUUGAUAGACUUUGUUCCAUAUUUUGUGCUGGGCCAACAAGAACAUGUGAUAUUACGCUACUAUGCAUAAGCACCCUGAUCAGUAGUUUUCAUUCUGUGAGGUCUCACUGAAGGAUAGAAAGCGUCCCUCUCCUCCGCUGUCUGUGUUUCGCAGCGGCAGCAGCAACGCUGAGGCCGUCACCGCGCGCUAGCUUAAGGCAGAAAUAGAAAAGUAGUCCUAACAAGUAUCUGAGUACCGUGUAGAUAUUUUAAAGUGCACCUCUACAUUUGUAUAGCAAACCCAUGUAGUCCAGAGCGCUCAGUGCUCAAUGAACAAACGUCGUGAAAUAAUAAUAAUGAUUUUUUUUUUAAUCUUUGUUUAUUUAAGCUGUGGCGAGAUAUCGAGCAUGCAAACCUUUUUUUCUUUUAAUUGCGUGAAGAACAAAACUGCUUUUUCUUCACUUUUGAUGUUUUUAAAGGCAGCAUGUUGAACCAGUUGUCGGGUACGGGGUGGGUAGACUAACAUAGCACAUAUGCAUGUGACUUACAUGCAUGUGUGUGUUCUUAGUGUGUGUUUAUGGAUAUCAAACAAGACGGUAGCGCUAUUCAGCCCUGUGCUCGCUUCUGUGUCGUCAGUGUUAUUGACAGAGUGUGGAUCGACAAAGCUGACGCGUCUGUAGGUUUACGGAAGAAGCUCUUUAGGUUGACUUCCCUGCACAACAUCAGUGAGGCAACUAUAAAAAAGCACUGAGCUAUCAGAGCUGAGAGCUCCAUCAUUAAAUCACCAUUCAAUCGUGUCUCCAGCACGUGACACACAGUGAGCAGCGGCCCCACAGUCUCACAUGCAGGAUUAAUAUCAUAAUUUCGGCCCGUGCUCCUCUCCUUUGUCUCUCUAUUCUUCACUCUGCUUUCAAAGAAAACCUGAAAAGAGAAAAACCAAACUUCUCCACCCCUGAAUGUAACCCCGCCCUCCUCCAGGCCCCAGCCGAGCCGUUUCAGUAACUGCAACAUGUUCCAAUUAGAAAAAGCUUUGAAUGUUCAGUAUAAUAACUGCUGUUUGUUUUUUUUUAAUGUAAAGAGAAAAAAAAAGAUGCAGAGCAACAAACAGAGAAUCACAACUACUGCAAUGAUACUGUCAUAAUGUGUCACAUUUAUUAUUUUUUUAUGAUUUUUUUUUUUAUUUUUUAAGAAAAACGCUGUCAUGUGGAACGUUUCUGUUAAAACGUAAAGAAAGCAUCUUGUGGUCAAGUGCCAAAUAAAAUUUAAAAAAAAACAGUAUUGUAUAAAUUUAUACUGUACAAUUGUUCAGCGUUGGACAAAAUGUUUGUAAUUGUUGCAUUUUGUAGGUUUUGUAUGGUAUAUUGUAUUUAGUGACUACGGAUUUGGAACACAGGAUUCUGUUUUCUUUUUUUUUGGUCAAAUUCAAAGGCAAGAAUUAAAUUUACAAUAUAUUGUGUGCAAGUAAUCAUGUGGUGUUUGCUUAAUUGUGGAAUAUUGUGGAAUUAGAUGAUUAAAGACAAACUGCUAGCUGUGUACAUGUUGGCUAAUAAGUGACAAGAAAUGUGGAAGAUGAGCAGACACUGUGUCACAGUCACAGUUACUCCACCACAGACCAGUGCAUUAGUUUCUA